AUGAAUAAAACUAGAGCAUAUGAAAGUCGGGGUAAUAUAAAUCCACUUGAAUCUUUAGUUGAAAGAACAAAUAUUUUUCUUUAUGGUUUAUGGCGAAAUAAACAUAUAGAUCAGAAACAAUAUGAAAAAUUGAAAGUAGAUAAAGAACGAGCUGAACUAGCACAUCUUUAUUUUCUUCCAAAAGCGCAUAAACCAAACACACCAUUGAGGCCAAUGAUGGCUGGAAUGAAAUCUCCAACGGUUAAUAUAUCGAAAUGGUUAGAUAAUCUUCUAAGGCCCAUAUUCGAUCAACUAGCAGUUGAGACGACAGUAUCAAAUGGGGCGGACUUAAUAAAAAAAGUGGAAAGAUGGUCGGCAAGGAAUCUAAUAAUAACCACAUCUUUUGUUACCAUGGAUGUUACAGAUCUGUAUACCAUGAUACCACAAGAAGGAGGUGUAACAGCCAUAAAACGCCUAAUAGAAGCAAGUGGUCAUAAGCGAAUCGAUGGUGUGAAAAAAGAGAUCAUUCUAGCACUCACCAGAUUUGUGAUGACGAACAACUAUUUCUAUUUCGAUGGCGUUUAUUACAAGCAAAUAAGAGGAGGAGCAAUGGGUUCGCCACUCACGUUGACAAUUGCGAAUGCUUACAUGUACUUCGUCGAACGUCCGAUUGCAAAAUGGGCUAGUAGAACUUCAUCUUUAUAUUUCAGAUAUAUUGAUGAUUUAUUUAUUAUGUCGAACAUACAUGCAGAUACAUUGAAAGGUCUCGUAAGGUUCUGGAAUAGACUCGAUAAAAAUAUCGAACUUUCCGAAUCAAUCGGUACAUCUGCAGAGUAUUUAGACGUCAAACUUGAGAAUCGAGGAGGUAAAUUAAUGUCAGAUGUGUUUCACAAACCAUCGCAUGAACCAUAUUUUCUCCCUUUCUCGAGUAUACAUGCUGAACAUAUAAAAACGAAUAUACCAUUUGUAGCUAUAACAAGAGCUAUGAGAUAUUGUUCAACUUUUGAAGCUUUCAAACAUGAAGAAAUUCAUAUUUGUAUGGCACUAUUAUUGAACAAAUAUCCAAUAGUCUUUAUUCUCAAACAAUUUGAAAGAGUUUACCGAACAUUUCAAUGCCAAAUCCCAACAAAAGGGAAUUUCUCGAGAAUAAGAGAAAUCUUUCUCGAUGCAACAUAUGAAAGACCGAAGAAAGCUGGAAUAAACUUCGAAGUCGCAAUUUNAACUUUUGAAGCUUUCAAACAUGAAGAAAUUCAUAUUUGUAUGGCACUAUUAUUGAACAAAUAUCCAAUAGUCUUUAUUCUCAAACAAUUUGAAAGAGUUUACCGAACAUUUCAAUGCCAAAUCCCAACAAAAGGGAAUUUCUCGAGAAUAAGAGAAAUCUUUCUCGAUGCAACAUAUGAAAGACCGAAGAAAGCUGGAAUAAACUUCGAAGUCGCAAUUUCAUGCCAUUUUUCCUUCGACAAAGAAAUGCAUAACUUCCCGACUCGAUUCCAUCAAUUAUGGAACACUUGUUUCGGAGAUACAGCAAUUGGUAGUAUGAAACCGAUCGUGGGUUCUAAAAGAUUGCAUAAUCUUCAAGAUUAUCUUGUGAAAAAGAAACCAGAUCGAUCACUACUUUCUGUAAACAGCCUUUGA